CGAUCGAUAUUUCAGACUGAAAUUAUUUUAAAAACUUUCGUAAUAAAACCAUUUUUCUUUAUUUCGCAAUUUUCCAACACAAUUUUAUUUCAUGUCAUAUUUAUUUUUUAUAGAUACCAGAUUGAUAUAAUACCUAUUACGUUUCUUGAUAAAAAAUUGAUAAUUUUUAAUGUGAUAUAGACGUUUAUAGUUAAAAAAGCAAUAUACAUAUGUACGUACUUGUUGUAUAAUUUGAUUUUCUCGUUAUUAACAUUUCAAUAAAUCAAUGAAUAUAUUACAGUUGGGCUAUAUUAAAUUAUUUUGUAAGUCUAUAAGUAUCUAUUUAUUACAAUUUCUGUUAUUUUUCGGAAAUCAUUAUCAAACUGAAAUACAAUUAAAAUCUUCUCAUCUCAACAAAUCAUCAAUAAAGUUAUAUUGUAUUUAAUAAUUGAACUCAGAAAGGGUCGAAAUUAAUCGUAAAUGUUAUCAUGUUAGUAUGGGUAUCAAUUUCUGCUACUAUGUGUGCUGUAGCAACCGAGAUAAGUAGAUCUCUCCUGCUAUCAGUUGCUCGCCGAUUAUGUAGCUCGAUGGACUGUUUUGUAAUUUUCUUUACCUUAAGAACAAAGUAUUUAUUAUGUUAGUGAACGGGGAGCCUCUUUACGAGCGAUGCCCAGUGGUAGGCGGCUUCGAAGAAACGGGAUGGAAUGUGCAGUGUCCUGUGUCUAAUCAAUGGUCGAGACCGCCAGUGAACAACUUGUGCAAUUACGAUGUCUACAAUGGCUACAGUGAUUUAGCAGUACAAUGUUACACUAGGAACUGUUACGUACAAGACAAUCCACCACAGUACUAUCAACAGAGGGUGGUUUACCAACCACCAAGUUUUCAAUCGGAGCUACCGUGCCGUCAAAGUCAGGAAUGGGACUAUACUAGCAUGUGCUAUAAUGUUGAUGGGCAACCGUGCCAAUACACGAAUGUCGUCGACCUAGAAGACUUUAUGAACAAUGAGAAACGAAAAGAGAAAUCGCGCGUGGCCGCUCGAUGUCGUCGUACAAAGGAAAUGCAGAUUUUUGCUGAACUGACUGCUGCGUUACCGGCGAAGAAAGAAGAGGUUGACCAGCUGGACAAGGCAUCUGUGAUGCGCCUGGCGAUCUCUUUUCUUCGUGUACGCGAUGUCGUUUCUAUGUUGCCGGAAGACAAAGAAGCGCCAAAGCUGCAGAGUCCCAAGGGUCUCGAGGAAGUGCAGUCUGAGCUCUCGUACAUGAAAGCGUUGGAUGGCUUCGUACUAGUGUUGUCACAACAAGGAGACAUUGUGUACUGCAGUGAGAACAUUGCAGAACACCUCGGCGUCUCGCAAAUGGAGAUUAUGGGUCAGAGCGUGUUCGAGUUUAGUCAUCCCUGCGAUCACGAUGAGAUCCGCGAAGCCUUGCGCGCAGGCAAAGACGGGAAGCGUGACUUGCUCCUACGCCUCAAGUGCACUCUUACCAGCAAGGGGAGGAACGUGCACCUCAAGUCUGCUUCGUACAAGGUAAUUCACGUCACGGGUCACAUGCUUACACCAUCAGAGGAGAAAGAACAAAUGAAGAGUGAUGUAGAAGACGAUAAAGUCAAUGAAAUUAAGAAGUACACCAAGUCUGGGGCGCUGGUGGCCGUAGGUCGACCGAUACCACACCCAUCCAACAUAGAAGUACCACUCAACAACAUGACAUUCUUGACUAAACACAGCUUGGAUAUGAAGUUUACUGAUAUUGAUGAGUGUUUAAUGAAUACACUGGGCUACGAUACGGAGGAGUUGAUUGGUCGCUCUUUAUACGACUACCAUCACGCAGCCGACAGCGCGUCUUUGAUUCAACAAUUCAAAUCAUUGUUCUCGAAGGGACAAUGCGAGACUAGUCAAUACCGUUUCCUUGCUAAGACCGGCGGAUACGCCUGGGUCCAGACUCAGGCCACGGUAAUCACCGACAAACAACAGAAGCCGAUCAGCGUCAUAUGCGUCAAUUACAUCAUCAGCGGUAUAGAGUGCAAAGAUGAGGUGUUUGCCGCACACCAAGUGCAGCACGCAGAUUUGAAGCCGGUGGUAGUUCCAACGGUACCAGCACCCGCUCUCCAGGAAGUUUGUGUAUCCACGGAACCUGCUAACGGAGCAAUUGUGGCAGCUAUCCUCCCAGAGGAGGAGAGACCUAUACCCGUUACAGAGCUCAUAUUUGCACCAAGAAAGAAAGAAAUGAACAAAGGAUUUCUCAUGUUCUCUCAAGACGAGGGACUUACAAUGCUUAAAGACGAGCCGGAAGAUUUAACUCACUUGGCGCCUACAGCCGGUGACGCAUGUAUACCCCUGGAAAACAGUCCAUUUGAUAUGUUUGACGAAUUCAUACUAAGCGACAACUACUGCAGCUUACUCGGUGACGAUCUCGCAAAUGGGUCACCCGUUGAUUCUUUAAUCGGUGACUCCUUACUAUCCUCACCCGAACCACAGGAAAAUGAAUCGUCAUGUGAGCAAUCGUCACUUUUGACGGAACUGUCAUUAGAUGCCUUCGAUAGUAAUAGGUCGGAUAAUGAUGUCGAAGAUGGAAAUUCACCAUUCAUCCCUACAACUGAUGAGCUACCGCUCCUCGCUCCGGCUGUCAUGUGGGGCGCCCUCCCCGAUAACGUUAGCCAAGCUAGACCCCAACCAUCGGAGGCUCAGACAUCGGCACCGGCCCUGCAACGUCUACUAGUUGCGCCUCCUACCGGCCCACCACCGCAGGAUCUCAUUACGAAUAUUUACUCAGACCAAGGUCUAAUUCCAAGUAAAAACAUAUCAACAUGGGACACAGGUGUGAAAAGAGUUUUAAAGCAGGAAGAGGAGCCUACAGCGAAGCGUGCUAAGCGUAGUCCCUCCCCGGCUCCUCCCCCGAAGUCGCCUUCCUCGAGUGUCCUCAUGAACCUCCUGGAUACACAUCCGCAAGAAGGGAAGCAGAUGAAUCAACAACCUCCAAACUAUCAACUCAUUAUGAAUUCCAAAAGAGUCCCUCAAAGUCCCGUCAAUAGAAAUAUUCCCAUUUCCGUCAUCAAUAUUCUACAGUCAAGUAAACCCGUAAUGCGAGACAACACGUCAAUGUCUAACGGGCAAAUAAUACGUUCAACGAUCAGCAGUCCAAUGUCCCCUCUAACUUUAAAUGUCGGAAGCCCCAUGUAUUCCUUACCAUCAAGCCCAAACACACCGAACUACAGUCCCGCUAUUAGCCCAGCGCCUAAAGACCGCGUCCUGAGCCCAUAUUCGACUCCCCAAUCCCUGUCUCCAGCUGGAAGCUAUCAAACGUAUAGCCCUGGCAGACUCCUGUCCCCGACCGGUGUGAUGCAAGGUUACGACCCAUACCUCACCCAUAAGAUGCAGACGAGCCCCGAAUUCAUGAUCCAGCCAAAUGAUAUGCUACUCGCGUCAAACAUACCCCUUCCUUCAACGGACUUUUGGCCUGAUUCUGACAUAUUCAGUAAUCAAAGCACAAGCGAUUUGCUAAUCGCGUUUGAUGACGUAAAACUAGUUUAAAGUAUAUGUAAAGUGUGAUUGGAUAAGUGAUUUCUUCUAUUCCAUUGGAUAAUUGUGGGAGUAUUGAAUAUUGCUAAAAGAGUUUCGAUCUCUGUCCCGUGAAAUUUUACUUUAACCUUUUCCGUAUUAUUCGCAACUUCACACAAACAUUCCAAUAGAAGUGGUGUUAGAAAUAUAUUAUGUACUUGGAAUAUUUCUCUCCAUUGGAAAUCACUUGAAUGGAUGCAAGGUCGAACGUAAUUAACAGUAAUCCAAAGGGAUUCCACGUAUUCUGAAAGUUACCUUUUAAGCCAUCGUGUUUGACGAGAACAACACACACGACAAUUUAUUAUGAAAUAGCCAAUAUUGACUUUUUGAUGAAUUUUAUAUGUUUAUAUUAGUAAGUAGUCGAUCAUAUAUUUAUAUUAAAAUGAUUUCAUGAUUAUUAGUGGAAUCCUUGGUGAUACAAAGAUGUGACUUAGCGUGAAAAUUGUUUUACAGUAUAUUUAAUUAUAUAAUAAAUUUUUUGUCUUAUAAAUUGUUAAGUGUAAGUGACUACCGUCACGUUUUAUUGAGGAUUAUUUGGGCCCAAUUGGUUUAGUUUUAUUGUAAUGAAUUAUUAUAUCAUAGAAGUAUGAUAGUCUUAGUUCAAAAGUGACUAACAUUGUUAUAUUUUUUUCGCCUCGUAUCUUCCAUAUACAUUGAUAUCAUUUACUUUAUAAAAUAAAGCAAAAAUGUUUAUUUCAUCGAGAGUUGCUCUCGAAUUUUAUAAAAAUUGUUAUUAUUAAUUCAUUUAUUAUAAUAUCGAAGUAUUCUGCGUGUUAUAUGAUAGUUUUAAUUUUAUUUUAUGAUCAAAAUUUAUAUACUCAACUAGAGAAUAAGGCGUGAAAUAAAACGUCGAAAUUGAAGUCAGCAAACAACACACCGUCAGCUGUUCGUUUCAAAAGACUAUGCACGACGACACAUAAUACCUUCAAACGAGUACAUAAAACAUUGAAUAGUUUCGUUUUUAAAGCAUUUCGUUAAUUUUUUUAUUUUAUUUUCAAAAGCACACUUACAACAUACAUAUAAAAAUUUUAAAAUUACAAAUAUAUAAUAACAAAGUAUCUGAUAUGCAUGUCACUUACAAGUGUACAUAACAUUUUUGAAUACAAUGUUUAAAAGCACAAAAAAUCACAAAUAAUUAAAAUAUUUGAACUUUAAAUAUACCUACAUUAAUAUAGUUCAACACUUACAAUAUUCAAAAAAAAAGAGUGACACCCCAUCAUCAUCAUCACAACCAAAAUAAUCAAAAUCAAAAAUAAAGAAGUUAAUGGAAAUUAUUAUUACGUUUUCUUGUACACUCGAAUAAAUGUAUUUGUUUAACAUAUAACCACCUAUUUUAUUACAUAGUUGUUUGUAGUGUAACAAUAAGAAGUGAUUGACAGAAAAUAUUUUAAUUAUUAUCUCGUACACGUUAAGUACAAUGUAUAUUUACUGACAUACGAUAAAUGUAUUGAAAUGCAAACAUUAAUUUAAAAUCUCGUUCGGUUAUGGGCCUACGUGUAAUUUAUGUUCGUUUUAAUUAUUUUAUUAAUUAGUGUUACGUUUACACCUAAAUAGUUAUGUAUUACAGAAGUAAUAUUAAUAAAAAUUGUAUAAUUUCUGAAAAAGUUAAUAAGUGUAAAUGUAGCUUUUUAAACGUUUGACAGUAAAAA